CCCGCUGUGUUUAGCGUAUCGGCGCAGGUUCGACGGGUCGUCUUCUCGGCUGGUUGAGGUCCGCGUCCCCAGCGCCGGGACAUGCGGCUUCUGUCGAAGGCGGUGCGGGCGGCUUGGCGUCCGAGAGACGGACACAGCAGACGGUUUUGGGGCUGGCUCAACGCCGUUUUCAACAAGGUGGAUUACGAGAGGAUUAAAGCUGUCGGUCCGGACCGGGCCGCCGCCGAAUGGCUCCUGAGGUGUGGGGCCAAAGUGAGGUUCGAGGGCUUCGAACGCUGGCACCACGACUACAACGGUCUGCCCACUGGGCCCCUGGGCCGCUACAAGAUCCAGGCAAUAGACGCCACAGAGUCCUGCAUCAUGUUCCGAGGGUUUGAUCAUCUAGUGGGCUUGGAGCACUUGGAGGAAAUCAAAUUCAACAAGUGUAUCUACAUCGAGGACACCUGCCUGGAGCAGCUGAGCUCGAUAGAGAACCUCCAGGCGAGUCUGUACGCGAUGGAGGUGGUGACCUGUGGUAACGUGACGGAUAAGGGCAUCAUCGCGCUGCACAAACUCAGGAAUCUGGAGUAUCUGUUUCUCAGUGAUCUUCCCGGGGUCACGGAUAAAGAGAAGACUGUCGAGAGGCUGCAGACGGCCCUUCCUCGCCUGGACAUAGCGCUGGAUCUUGAGUGACCAGCGCAACACCCUCCCGUUUCGAGGCGCGAGGGUUCGAAGCUUAACGCGCGCGCGCACCUUCGUUUGCUCAGAGUUCGUCCGUGCAAAAAGCACGUGUCUUCGCGAGCCGAGGAGAGACUGGAGCACGCAGGCCUCCGAUGGCAAACAUGCAAGACCUUUAGACUGGCGAGGCAAGUUUUUUUUUUUUUUCCUUAACGUGAGCAUUUGGACGCAAAUCGUGGCACUUAUUAUGCGGGAUUUCUACUAUGACGUCGUGGCAAUUUAUACCCGAGCGUUCACCCAUAACGCCCUCGCGGCUCCCCCCCUUACGUCCACCGCAAGGGCCUGACGCGUGCGCCCCCCCCCGA